CCAUAUACGCCACCACAGCAGCCAACAGCGCAGCCCUGGCUCUCUGGCAAAAAAGUGGUGAAGUGGCAUCUGGCAUCGCACUCAAGAGACAUCAUGGCACAUAACCUCAAAAGUAUUUGUCACUGAGCAAUAUUUUUCAAAUGAGCUGGAUAAAUCAUUUUCGUACUCGAAACAUUGUUUCUUUAUUAUAGUCGAGGUAAUUGAAAUCAAAACUACGAACAUGAACAAAACAGAAAAACUUUUGGCCGCUAGAAAAAAGCUAAAACAAUUCCAACAAAACAAAAAUCACAGUCCUGAUAAUUUGACACAGCAAAAGGAUGUGACCAAGAAUGUUCCAGCCAAGUCCUCACCUAGGAGAGAAGAAUCUCCAUCAAACACAGAUUUUGAUUCCACAAAUAAUCCAAGAGAAUUAUUUGGAAUAGACCAAGAAACAGCAAAAAAAUGUGGAGCUCCAGAAGAAUCCAGAUCAGUAGAAAAAUCAUUCGAAAGAGAAAACCGUCUGGAAAGUAAUGGAAACAGUGAUAAAAUAGAAAAUCCACAGACAAUUCAUAAUCCAGUUCAAGGGUCAUUCAAUCAAGCUCUGUCUUCUUCAUCUGCGUCUCCUUCUCCGCCCCAAUUAAUCCGUUAUGCUGAUCAUGAAAUCAACAUUACUCCAUUGUCGCAAACAGAACAACUGGCACAAAUGGCAUCUGCUGCAACGGAUGCACCGAUCGAAGGGCCAGAAAGUUUUUUAACAAUGCCUCAGAGACCCAAUCAGGAAUAUAUGAACGAAAUGGUAUCGUCUUGUGUUCAAGAGCAUAAACAGUUGAUAAAGGAUCUCGAAGUCGAAGUGAAUCAGUACAAAAAUCGCGUUUUCGAACUCGAAGCAAUGUUAUCUUCAAAAGACAGGGAUUUCGAGACAAAAUUGGAAAGUGAACUGAACCAAUUGAACUCACAGCUACAGGUUCAUGCUCAGACAACAGAAAUUCUAGUAGCUGAAAAAGCGGAAUUAACUUCAGCGAUCGAGCAGUAUCGAUCAGUAGCCCAGAAAAAAAUUGGGGAGAUUGAGGAAUUAAAUGAUUGUUUAAAAACAUCGCAAGCUAGAGUUUCCGAAUUGGAGAAAGAACUUUCACAUACGAAAAACAUCGUGGACGAUACUCGAAAAAUGUAUCAACAAUUGCAUUUUGAUUACGCGGAGCUUGAUAAAAGAUACAACGAUUUGCGAAAGUCCAAGGAAGACGACGAGCUCGAAGCUUCGGAAUUGAGACAAGAACUAGGCCUGAAAAAUGUUGAAAAUUUGAGACUGCAGCGUGAACUCGAGGAAAAAAAUACUUUGUUAUCAUUGAACGAAUUGAAGAUACAACAGUUGUCGAACACAUCUCAAGAUGUUCAAGCCCUUGAUGGUCAGCGUCAAGCUCUCGCUAUUUUGGAACAACAAUUGGCUCAGUCUCGCGAAGAUUUAGCAACAGUAACUCGUGAGAAGGACGAAGCUUCCAAACAGUACGAGAGUUACAUUCGACAAUUGGAUUCAUCAUACAAAAACAGUCUCAAAGAGCUUGAAGAAUCACGUGAAAAGAUUGAAGCUUUGAAACAACGAGAAGCCAGUUACGUUCAAAGAUUGUCCGAUCUCGAGCAGAGUCUCCAGCGUGAAAAACAAACAGUUGAGAAAUUAUUACCGGCUCAAGCCCUUGAUGAGCGUAUUGAUCAUUUAACAAAAAGUCUCGAUGCGUUGAGCUUGGAACAUGCGAAUCUUCAAACAACUCUCAACGAAAGAGAUACAGAGAUCGAAGCCCUUAAACGCGAUUUAGAGGAGGCGCGAGAGAACACAGAAGACAGCGUGGAUAAGUUGAAGCUCGUAAGUGCUCUAGAAAGUGAAAAGCUCGGUGCAUCAAGAGCAGUGUCACAAAAUCAACAGCUCAAACUUCAGUUGAACGAGAUGCACGAUGCUUUCGUAACUUUGAGCAAUUCCAAAUUAGAUCUGACAGAGCAACUUCAGGCAGAACGUACCAUUGGGAAAAAGCUUAAUGCGCAAUUGAACAAAGUAGAAGACGAGGUCGACGCCCUGAAAGAACAAUUGCGACUGAAGACUGUUGCACUUGAAGAAUUGGAAAGUGAAAAACUACAAACCGCACAGAUUGCCGAUCAAAUGCAUCACUAUCAAGCGCAAUCUCAGCAAGCUAGAACUUUGCAACAAGAGUUACAAAAUUCUUUCGGCUGCAUCGAAAUCCUUCGCCGAGAGAAUCAAAACUUAACCUCACAAAUGAACGCGCUCAGGGAACUCGAUGCCGGUGAGAAUCUUUUAUCGAAUGGUGAUAGUCUAGAGAAGAAAAUCGAUGAUGAAACACAUGAAAAAAGCUUGGUCGACUCGUCGUUUAACGUUUCAGCUGGUGGCAUGAUCUCGGAUCCGUUGAAGAAGCUUGAGAUUCGAUUCAAGGAGACGAUGGAACGCGUGGCAGAGUUGACUGAGGAGAAACAGCGAUUGGAACAUCUGGUGCUACAACUCCAAGGUGAAACGGAAACGAUCGGAGAGUACAUCACGUUGUACCAAAAACAACGAAGCAUUCUUCAGAAAAAAGCUGAAGAACGAGAAACAAUGUUCAAGCAAUUAGUCGAUCAGCGGAAUCAUCAGCAAGAACAAUUGCAUCAGCUGAAAGUCCUUGUUGCGCAGCUUAUCAAUGGGAAACCUUCGAAUCCGAUAGUGGAAAAUGAAACCGCUUCAUCCUCAAUCAUUGAAUUCCAAAACGAACACCAGGAACAACCGUCUCCCAACCCCCAGAUUACUAUGUCUCAGAAUAAUCCUGAAAGAACUGAAUUAGUCCUUAAAGAUAAAACGACAUCGAAAAUUCUCGAUUUACUUUCAGAAAUCAAAGAUUGCAAAGAUUCCUGUUUCGUCGAACCCAAUUUUCACCCCUGUCCGUGGUGCUCCGGAAAACUUAUCACAGUUUAGGGAAUGUUACUAAAAUGAAAUGUAUAUAUUAGUCAUAUGUAUAUUCAACCUGAAGGAAAUGGUCAAAACCUUUGUUUUUUUCAAGUUACUUUAGUUUAUUAUUAUGCCUUUUAUUGUAAACAGUGUAUAUACCAAGUGGCAACGGAAUACUAAAAUUCUUUAUUGUUUACCAAACCUAAUAUAUAAACACAAAUAUUUUUGUGCGAUAUCGCUUCUUUUACUUUGUACCGCGUACGGUAAAUACAAGUUUAUAAAAUUUUGCAAAAUAAACGUUGUGAUUAUUUUGGAAAAAAAA